CAUGUGGGUCCUAUGAGCACCAGGUAGGACAAAACGACUUUCGAAAUCACCGAAAGAGUCGGUUUACACGGGUUUUCAAAUAUUGAGGAGACAUUAUACCCGUUUUACGAAUGAAGGAAGGGAUUCAACCAGAGCAUGAAAUGAGGGAGGCAAUGUAGACUUAUUCCUAAUGUCAAUCAAGGACUUCGAGGAUCGAGCUGUGGUCCGUGGGCCGUGGAUCUUCCACUUUGUGCAGGGCAGUUACGACGCUGCUCUUUCCCGCCCAACCAAAUUCCCCCACGGGCCCCACCUCGGCGACCCCUCACCGGCGGCGGCGGCGGCGCGCGAUGGAGCUCUCGGCCGCCUUCGAGGAGCGCGUCCGGCAGAUGGAGGACGCCCGCAACCACCGCCUCUCCCUCCUCCACGCCGAGAAGGAGCUCCAGGCGGAGAGGUCCCGCCUCCUCGACACGAAGCUCGCCUCCGCGCGCCGUCUCGAGCGCCGCCGCCUCCUCCUCGAGCGCCGCGCCGCCGACCUCGCCUCCCGCGCCCUCUCCGCCCGCGCCGGCAUCGACGCCGCCCGGGCCCGCCGCGUCGCCAUCUCCCGCGACCUCAGGCAAGCGCGAGCAUAUGCAUCCCCCACCCAAACCCCUCCUCCCUCUCGUUUACUCAAAUUUCCGCAUCCGCAUCGGUGUCUGAACUCUCUGACGAAUUGCUCGAAUUGGGGGGGCGCGGUUACCCAACCCCCCACAGCUCGGUGAGGGGCGAGAUCGAGGAGGCGGAGCGGAGGGAGGAGGAGUGGGACCGCUUCUACGAGGCCAAGAGGAAGGAGAUGGAGGAGUUCCAGGCGAUGUCGGGGUGGUUCGAGGCAGCGGCGCGCGACGAAGUGCAGAGCCUGAGGGAUUUGGUAUCUCAACUGAAAUCAACGCUGCAAGAGCAUCACGGCGGCGUGAUGUACUUGAACAACGCUGAGAUUACUGCUGCAGAAGCCAGGAAGUCUGAUCUCAUGGCCAAGAAGGCAAAACUGGACGAGAGCCUGGCUUCAGCACGCCAGUUCAGAGCACUGCUGCAGCAGCAGCUCCAGAAAUCCUUCGCCUCACAGAUUGGGGAUCAAAAGACAACACAAACUACCAUUUGAACUUGAGAACUUCAGAUAGCAGCAUAUCUGCAUCGACUGUACAGGUGAGAAACAUUCGAGAUGUUCAUUCAGAUAGACAGAUACAUGCUCUUCUUGUCUUCAGUUACUGUUCAAUUGCUCCAUUGGAACGAUGGAAGUACGAGUUUCAAUGAUGCAAACAUACUCGCCGCAUAUGCAACAAGAUCUUUGCAAAGACUCAUGGCUUUUCAUGCAUAUUGCUUCCUCUCUUUGCUAAUGGAUUGGUAGUUGUACUGAUGGCUGCAAAGUGUGCAGUGUACUCUCAUCAAUGUGUAGGCCUAGUCUUCCCAUUAUAUGCUGCCCAGAGUGGACGCUUUUAGGGUUGGUACCUCCCUUCCAGCUACUCGCAACUACUCAUGCACUUGUACCAUUUAGUUAAAUGCAGCACAUGAGAACCUUUCAUGCAAUGCCAGGCACAAAUUAAUAGAUAGCCCACAAUGACAUAAUGGUGCUGUAAAUUCAUAAAUUUGAGGGAAUGAAGAUAUUUGCUGGUAUUUGGUUUUGGUAGAUCAUGGACUCAUGGUUGUACAGGCAUGUUUUAAAUUCAAUAGAAAAAUUAUUGCUAA